GGGGGAGAGCGAACAUGGCUGCUUCAAGGGAGGUACACUGAGUCCUGAGCAGCGCACGACUUCGAAAGGCUUUCGGAAGCCCCUCUGGGGGGGCCCUGCCCGCGGCCAGGAGGCUUGGGCUUUGCUGCAAGCCCCUCAGGCAGGAAGGAUCCGGCCCUGACCUAUACACAACUCUCUGACAAAAGAAAUUUACGAAGAUGAAAAAGUUUACACUCUUUGAUUUCACAAAUGACAACUCCCUCCGUGUGGGAGAGACUUCAUGGAUACAGGACCUUCCCAGUGAUGACACAGAAGUUGCCAGUCUACUAAACGCAAAUGAAAAUGUGUUAGUAAGCUGGCCAGUGAAAGAGAAACAGACAGAGAAACAGUUAGCGAAAGUAAUUUCCAUGAGUGAUGACCCUCAAGAGCUGGUCGAGAUUAUUCAGAAGAUCUUAGAAGCAAAUGAAAAGACAGAAAUACAAGGACUUCAAAGAGGAAAAAGGAAACAAACUGAAACAGCAAACAAUGAAGAGAAGGAAACUGAUCAAGAGCAGGAUCAGAUAACAGAGAAUGCAAAAAGAAAAAAGUCCCUACAAGAUUCUUCUCCUGCCAACAUAUUGAAUCAAAUGGAAACACCUGUGAUGGACAAACUGCAAGAACCUUCUUCUGGAACUGCCUUUCUGCCCACUGAAAGCAGCAGUGAUGAUGAAGAGUCUUUAAUCCAGUUAUCGAAAGUGGAAUUGUGUGCCAAAAUAAAAAAUCUGAAACAGAAACUCUCUGACACCAUGACAGAAAACUGCCGUCUUCGGCAGUCACUGGUCACACUUCAAGUGUUACCCCAGGCAGUUACCCACUUUGAAGAGCUAGUGGGCAUGGCAGAAUCGCUGCUUAAAAGGGGAGGAGCCCCUUCUGCAUCCGGCCUUCAAUCCCAAGGCAUCUGGAAGGCUACAGGAAAUUCGAUACCAGAUUCUUAUUCGACACUGGACAGUAAUUCCACAUCAUUUCUCUCCUCGACGGUGGAGGAGGAUGAGCAGACCGUUGACAAAGAGUUCAAGAUUGAAAAAUGGCAGAUUGCCCUUUGCAACAAGAGCAAGCCUCAGAAAUUUAUAAAUGAUAUAAUGCAAGCACUUUAUACCAACGAAUAUAUGGCAACACAUAGCUUAACAGGGGCAAAAUCCUCUUCCUCUAAGGAGAGAGCAGCAAAGCCAGCUAUGAAUCAAAAUGAAGUCCAGGAAAUCAUAGGGGUCACAAAAGAGUUAUUUCCCAACACAGAUGAUGCUUUAAUUAGGAGAAUGAUGGGUCAAAAGUUAAAUAACUGUACUAAGAGGCCAAUUUUAAGCCAAGAUCUUAAUCUCCAUGUUUUUAGGAAGCAUGCCUUUUGAACAAUUGGUAAUAUGGAAAAACCGACAACUACACAUACAGUAUUUGUAUGGAAACAUAUACGAAGUGAUCCGGUAUGGAACAGCUACAGUAUGACCUGGGCCUUUCUGAUGAAGAAACACAAGUUACAGAAAGAACUCAAUGUUGUACCCCAGAUCGUCAAGCCAGAGAAUUUGGAGAAAUGUAACUUGUUCAAAUAAGAAUAAAUAUGUAGUACAGGUUACUCUGGAAUAUUUAUAUUUCUUAAUAUAUGUGCAUAUAUGUCUCUGUUCAACUCAUUUGCUAGUGACUGUGAGCACAAUUAUUACUAUAUUAUUACUUACUCUAAGAACCUUUAAUGACAAGGAUUCCUUAAGUAAAAAUUUUAAAAAAAAUUAGGUUGCUGAUUUAAAGUAUUUGAAAAAUUAUCGCCAUGGCAAAACUAAGCAUUCUGAUAUUUACUCCUCAUAUAAAAGUCUCCUUAUUUAGAGUUUUCUACCCUGGAAUUUAGAUUUAUACUCUCUCACUAAGCAAAGAAAGUCUGUAUUGGGCUAUCUUUAAUGCUUCAUGAAUUAAUUAAAGAUAAUAUUAGAAAGAUAAUGUGUGUUAUGGAGAAAUGUCAUUGGGGCAUUUUGAUUACAAAAUUAUUCAUAGCUAUUUAAAAUACAUAAAAUAAAAAGUUGGAACAGAAGAGUGGUAGAAAUAUUACACUGUUGUUUUCAAAUAUUUUGUGUUUAUUUUAUCCUGACAAUGAAGAAAGUUAACCUUUUUUGUUAAUAUUAGAAAUAUAGCAUCAACUUUCAACAUAAACUUUAAAAUAUUUACUGGUCAUGAUUUUUACAUUGACUUUUCACUUUCUAAAUUUUAAAUGGGUCCAAAAAAUACAAACCUAAUGUAUAUCAGCAUGAUCAGUUUCAUAGUUAUUGUAUUUUUACUUGGAUGAAUCUAGGAGCUCAUUCUUCCACUGGUGCAGAUUUCACCCCAUCCAGGCCUUUUUCUCUUCUGUGAUUCUUGUCCAUGUCCUUCCAUGAAUUUGACAUAGAGGCUGAAGACCUUCAAAUGUGCUUGAGAUCUUCCACUGUGUUCAUGAAUACCAGCAUAACAUCUGAGUUUUCCAUCUGUUAUAUUUCAGUCUUGCUAUAUAACUAUACUCAAUAUUAAUUAAUUUAUCUUAACUGUGCCAGAAGAAAAAGUUUUAAAUCUUUUGUUUUUAAAAAAGAGGACAAGAACACAAAAGUAGCAUGAAUUUAUUUGGGGAUCCCAUAUGGGGAUGAACACCAUUUUGAAAACUGAUAUAACAAAGUUUAUAGAAAAAUGGUACAUUUUUCAAUAGAAGCUUAAUCACUUUAUUUAUGCUUUUCACACCUAAUUAUGCUAAUUCCCAAACUCUUUCAUGUGCAAGGUUACUGCUUUAAGCUUACAGUUUGUGAGUUAUAUAAAUACGAGCCUACUGCCAUGUACUCUAUAGAAAUUUAAUAAAAGUUUCUUGAUGAUGACAGUAUGAUUAUACAGUAAACAUUCGCAAGUUUCUGUGCCAAUGAAAAAAAACCUCUGUUUAGAGAGAAUGAAUUAUGCAAGUUUGGUUGGGGAAUAAGGCUUUGACAUUUAAAAGGAUCUAUAAUAAAGAUAAUGUAUUUUUUUAAUGUACAGUAAAGGCUUUUUAGACUGAUGUUUGUUACUCACUCCAAGAUGCAUUAAUAAGAUUUUUUUUGGGGGGGGUUCAAUCUGGAGCUAUGAACCACAUGAGAUUUAAAAAAAAACUAUCAAGAAAGGUAAACAAAUCUGGGUUUUUUUUAAAAUGGUGUCAAGUAUAAUUAUCAUGUUUUUAAAAUGUAUUGAUUUUAUCUCUGCUUUUAGCACUUUAAAAACUCUAAUAUUUGUCACUUUCAAUUAAACCAUAGUGCCUGUCAAAAUGUAUACCUCUAAUGACAUUUUCUUAAAGACAGUAUUAAUCUCUCUCUCUCAUAAUAGUGACACUCAUCCUGUUUGCUUUUUAAAGUGGCUACUGAUAUCAGAAAUAUCAUUGUAUCACAAUUUAAAUAAAUUGCUUUU